AUGGGGCCAAAAGCAGAGAAGAAGCCAGCUGAGAAGAAGCUCGCGGAGGAGAAGAAAGUCGUCGUCACUGAAAAACCCCGCGAGAAAAAACCAAAGGCCGGGAAGAAGCUUCCCAAGGAAUCUGGCGCCGGUGCCGCCGACAAGAAGAAGAAGAAGAGAAGCAAGAAGAACGUGGAGACAUACAAGAUCUACAUCUUUAAAUUGUUGAAGCAGCUUGCUUCAGAAUCAUCGAAGCUUGCGAGGUACAACAAGAAGCCUACAAUUACGUCAAGGGAGAUUCAGACAGCGGUGAGGUUGGUUUUUCCAGGGGAGUUGGCAAGCAUGUUGUCUCGGAAGGGACGAAGGCUGUUACCAAAUUUACUAGUUCUUAGAUUUGGGGGUUUAUGGCUUACUCAUUAUAAAAUUUCAUCUUUCUCGAUGAAUUAG